AUGACAACUUGUAUACCUGCUGGAAGUGGCAAACUGCAUUAUAGGGUGAGGGACUUUAAGGGACAAGGUUGUAGAAAGGCUUCCUGGGUUUCCAGUGUGACAUUCAAUGGAAGCACACAUAAAGAGCUUUCGUCAGCUGGGGCAUCAAAGUUCUUGCAGAUCCAGAGAUGUAACUUUUCUCAAUAUCCAAUUAAUGAGAACUCAAAGUCCUUAAGAACAGUCACUAUAUCAAGCCUGAGAGAUGAUUCCACUAAGUUUUUUGAUUUUGCCGUUAUUGGUAGUGGAGUUGCUGGCCUUCGUUAUGCUCUUGAAGUGGCAAAACAUGGAUCUGUUGCUGUGAUUACCAAAGCUGAGCCUCACGAGAGCAAUACAAACUAUGCUCAAGGUGGUGUUAGUGCUGUGUUGUGCCCUUCGGAUUCUGUGGAGAGUCAUGUACAGGAUACAAUUGUAGCAGGGGCUUAUCUAUGUGACGAGGAGACUGUCAGAGUUGUCUGUACAGAAGGACCUGAAAGAAUUAGAGAAUUAAUUGCAAUGGGUGCAUCAUUCGACCAUGGGGAGGAUGGAAACUUGCACUUAGCAAGAGAGGGGGGUCAUUCUCAUCACAGAAUUGUUCAUGCUGCUGAUAUGACUGGAAGGGAGAUUGAACGGGCUCUGUUGGAGGCAGUUCUUAAGGAUCCUAAUAUCUUCAUGUUUGAACACCACCUUGCAAUAGAUUUGCUAACUUGUCAGGUGAUACGAUUUAUUUCAAAGGUGACUUUACUUGCGUCUGGUGGGGCUGGGCAAAUCUAUCCGACAACUACAAAUCCUCCGGUGGCCACAGGGGAUGGAAUUGCUAUGGCUCAUAGAGCUCAAGCUGUGAUUUCCAACAUGGAGUUUGUUCAGUUCCAUCCUACAGCCUUAGCUGAUGAAGGCCUUCCUGCCAAACCUACCAAGGCUCGAGAAAAUGCAUUUCUCAUCACUGAAGCCGUCAGGGGUGAUGGAGGCAUCCUCUACAAUUUAGACAUGGAAAGGUUCAUGCCACUCUAUGAUGAACGAGCAGAACUUGCUCCCAGGGAUGUGGUGGCAAGAGGCAUAGACGACCAGCUUAAAAAGCGUAAUGAAAAGUAUGUGCUACUUGAUAUAAGUCACAAGCCGAGGGAAAAAAUUCUCUCACACUUCCCCAACAUAGCAGCUGAGUGCCUUAAGUAUGGCUUGGACAUAACUCGUCAGCCAAUUCCAGUGGUUCCUGCUGCUCAUUAUAUGUGUGGGGGAGUCCGUGCUGGACUUCAGGGAGAGACAAAUGUACGGGGCCUGUAUGUGGCAGGUGAAGUUGCUUGCACAGGUUUGCAUGGAGCAAACCGUCUUGCUAGUAACUCAUUGCUUGAAGCUCUAGUUUUUGCACGAAGAGCAGUCCAGCCCUCAAUUGAUCACAUGAAGAGCUCUAGCCUCGACUCCAGUGCUUCAAAUUGGUGGUCCAGACCAGUUGUGCCUGUAUCACUUGGGAGCAAUGUCAUCAACAAAAUUUUGACAAUGACCAGAGAGAUAAGAAAAGAAGUGCAAUCAAUCAUGUGGAAGUAUGUCGGAAUUGUUCGGUCUACGACAAGGCUUGAAGCAGCAGAGCAAAAGAUUUGUGAUCUAGAGGCUAAAUGGGAGGAAUACUUAUUUCAGCUAGGAUGGGAACGCACAAUGGUGGGGCUUGAGGCUUGUGAAAUGAGGAACUUUUUCUGUUGUGCAAAGCUAGUGGUGAGCAGUGCUCUUGCUAGGCAUGAGAGCCGUGGACUUCACUACACAAUUGAUUUUCCUCAUCUUGAGGAAAGUAAGAGGCUACCUACAGGUUCUCAUGAUCAUCAAUGUCUCAAGUUUUGGCCUCCAGAACCGUUUUGGUUGGGGGUUGAAGCAUCCGCAAUUUAA